AUGAUCAAGGCACCGUCAGCAGACGAGGUGCUUGCUCUGGUAAAUGCCGCCACGGGACCUGAUGGGACGUUGGAUCCAGCCAUACAACAUUUGUUGACGCAGCUACAAGAACAAACACACACGCUCAAUCAGACUCAAGAUCUUCGCUCGAAUACCGGUACUUCAUCAGUGCCAGAAUGCAAAAAGUCUAUCAAGUCCGACCGUACUCAUCCUAUCGAGAUAAUACCGUUGUCAGCAGCAGUAACAAUUGGGUCCACCACACUGGAAAAUGCAAUUUCUACUUCAGUACCUACUUCACAUCAUAUACCCAUUCCAGCCCCAAGUUCGACCUCCAAACGGAAAAGUAUUCCAUUAAGUAUGAAAAAAGAGGCUAUUGAAUGGAUAAUGGGACCUGGAAAUGGGGUCCCGUCACGAGCCGAAAAACAUUUUAAUUGGGACGUUAGUGCGUCUUCGUUCCGCAAAUGGUGGAAAAAUCGAGACAAGAUUAUGAACGAUUCCGGCAGCAAAAAACGUGUCACUGGAGGAGGACGUAAACCAUAUUUGGAAGACUCGGAGGAGAAAUUACUGGUCGUCGUAAUUCAAGAACGAGCAAAAAAAGAUCGAGUGACGAGGAAAUGGAUUGCCAAAACGGCACAGCACAUGUUCCAGCGCUCAGAUACAUCUUUUAAAGCUUCAGAGAAUUGGGUCUCAAAGUUUGUUCAACGAAACGGACUAGCACUGAAGCGAAGUUGCGUUACGUACGAGCCACAACAAGCGAGCUUGGACUUGGAACACCAGCACUAUCAGACUUUACAAACCACCACGACAGUAACAACUUCUGGAACAAAUACCACGUAA